AUGAGCGGAAGGCCAUCUCUUCGUCACUCUUCGCGGUCUAAUCCCCUUCCAUCUACCCCUCAAAAUGAUAACGAUCAUUUCAUCUACGACACAGCUGAGCGCGAGAGUAGCGAAGCCUCCCCUUUGACCCCACGCGAGUCGACAGUCUUUGGUGCAUACCCGCCCUGGAGGACAUCUCGAGUCUCUGGGGAACAUCCAAUGAACGCAAAAGUGGCCAUUCCCCGGCUCGACCCUCCACUUGCAAGCAGUAAUGGUCGAGUUAGUCGGGCAUGCCAUAACUGUCGCAAACAGAAAAACAAGUGUUCUGGUCAUCGGCCGUCUUGCCUUCGGUGUCAGGAGGCCAACGUCCUUUGCGUCUACGUCGAUGGGAAACGAGAGAGAAACGCUAGCCAACUCCAACACUACGAAUCUCUUGUGCGCGAUAUUUAUCCCAAAUUCGACACCGAGCUGGCCAAAGUCGUUGACCAAGCGCUCGGAGAAGUGAGUGAAGACCCAAUGAUCCCAACGAAAAUGGGAUCUUGUGAUAAGUCUAACAAUCCACAGAUAUCCAGCCUUUCCCUGUCGUCGCCGAUCGUCGCCAGGUUACCGGAUGAGGCAGACUCGUCGAGCCGAACACUUUCCUACGUGGAUCACACCCUGGAGGACUUCAAUGGAGACAUUUCACUACAAGGGAUUGGCUUUGUAGGAGAGCAUUCAGCAACGGCAUGGUUAUACAGGCUUAAGUGCUUGAUCGGUCAGCGAAGAAGUUCCAAAGCGGACGGCCAACUCGAGGGAUCAGCCCGUCCAUCGAUUUCUUCCUGUGCAUUAUUUAUGGAUGAUGCCGGAAUACAGCCGAUAAACGAUAUAGAUGUCUUCGCAUAUCCCCCACAAGUGGUCGCCGAUGAACUCGUGGACAGAUACUUCCAAGUUGCGCACGCCUCCUUCCCCGUUGUCGGAAAAGCAAUUUUUCUGAGCCAAUGCCGGUCAUUCUAUUCAAACUCAACCACCCACCCUGGAGCCAAGUGGAUGGCGUUAUUGAACAUGGUAUUUGCGAUCGCUGCAAGACAUUGCGAGCUUUCCGGAGACCAACCGCAGCUAGAUCACAAUAUCCACACGGUGUACUUUUCCCGCGCCUGGCGAUUACACACUAGCGAGAGUGUGCUAUUGGAGACUCCCAACCUGCAGCAGACACAGGUAGAGGGACUAAUAUCACUUUACUUGCUUUCCAUUGGACAGGUCAAUAGGGCAUGGAGAAAAUGUGGUAUUGCAAUCCAGUCGGCGGUUGCGAUGGGAAUCCACCUUCGUAGCGAAAGUCCCAGCAUCACACACGUGUCCAAAGAAACCAGAUAUCGGCUAUGGUGGGCGCUAUACCUGCUGGACAUCCUGCUUUGCGUCAUGACUGGACGCAUGCCCAGAAUGCAGCAGGAGCACUGCACAACCCCUUUGCCGGUACCUUACAAGGAGGAAGACUUCCGGGAUGAACAUGUAAUGAGGCUUAUCAUGGACAUCCAAUCCAGAGGCCGUCUCAUGACUUCUUUACUCUCCUUCGAUCCUUCGGCCGAACCGAACGACCGUUUAGCCCAUUCGCCUUCUCCAUCUAUGUCCCAACAGGCAUCACCAAGCCCGCAUCUCCAGGCUAACGUCUCAUUGUACUUACUUUACUCCAUUGACUUGGCAGCUGUGAUGAGAGAAGCAAUCGAGAUCUUGUAUUCUCCCGAAGCGGGACGAAAAUCACGGAAUGACACCGAACUGGCCAUGACAUCGCUCAACAGCGCCGCUGACAACUGGUUUGCUCGGCUCCCUGCGACGUACCGUUUCAUGGAAACCAGAGAUGACCGAGCCUUUAUCCGUCAGCGGACGAGUUUGGCUUUCCAAUAUUAUUCGACCAAACUUGUCAUUUCGCAUCCUGCCCUUCAUUCUCAUAUGUGCGGUGAAAUCUUUCCCACUGGUCUUGACACCCCAAUGGCGACGAUUUGCCUCAAUGCAGCAGGACAAAUGCUUGAUCUCUUACCCAAUGAACCGAACAUCGCCUGGCUCUUGGGUUGCUCACCUUGGUGGUGUGCUCUCCACUACCUCACGCAGAGCACCGUAGUGCUCAUAACGCAGUUACUCACCCAGAAUCAAACGAGAGCUAGUGAAAGAGAAGAGUCGUUGCAAAGAGUCCAAAAGGCUCUGCGAUGGUUGAGUGAGUGUUCCACCAAGGAUCCCUCUUCCAAGCGGGCUUGGGGCAACUUUACGGAGCUCUUGUCAUCCCACGGAUUGAACAUUUUAGAAUAA